AGAUCACAUCUUUGAUUGGCGGGUGGCAGUUUGGAUAUAUCGCGCCAACUCCACGACCCAAUUCCUCUGACUGUUGCUGCAGUUCCUUGCCAUAGCGGGCGCUCUCCGUUUCUCUGUUUCUCUCUGCCCUGCGCAUAUACAUGCAUAUAUGUAUACACAAAACCCAUGCGUAUACAGGUAUAAUUUGAACGUAACCAUCGUUUUUCCUUCGUAAAUGAUGCAGCAGUGAACGUAGCUAAGCUUGCUGGAUCGACGAAGCUCUUCCGAAUCUUGCCCCCGUCCCAUGCUUUGCAGUGGCUGACCCAUGAUACGAGAUGGGUUGCAUCUCGACCAUCAUCACCGACAGCCGUCGCCGCACCGCUGUUAAGCAUCGCCCAAAUCCUCGCCGGAGCCCGAGCGAGAAGGCGCCCGCCGCAGCUGCUGCCGCCGCCUCCACGGGCUCCGAGGAAGAUGAGCCCGGCCGCGGCGAUCAGGUGGAGGAGAGACCGCAGCCUCUGCCGGCCGCGCCUUUCGUCAGGAACCAGCAAGGCUGGCCGCCGUGGUUGGUCGCCGCGGUGGGCGAUGCCAUUGGUGAAUUCGUCCCUCGCUGCGCCGAUACCUUCCAAAAGCUCGAAAAGAUUGGGGAAGGAACGUAUAGCAACGUGUACAAGGCGAGGGAUCUGGUGACGGGGAAGACGGUGGCGUUAAAGAAGGUCAGGUUCGAUAAUUUGGAGGCAGAGAGCAUCAAGUUCAUGGCGCGAGAGAUUCUGGUGUUGAGGAGGCUUAACCACCACCCUAAUGUGAUCAAGCUCGAGGGGCUGGUCACUUCGCGCAUGUCGUCAGGUCUUUACUUGGCUUUCGAGUACAUGGAACACGAUCUCUCCGGAAUCGCUGCCCGCGAACAUGGCAAGUUCACUGAGGCUCAGGUCAAAUGUUAUAUGAGGCAGCUGUUGUCAGGGCUUGAGCAUUGCCAUAAUCGUGAUGUCCUGCACCGUGAUAUUAAGUGCUCCAAUUUACUUAUUGACAACGAAGGGAACCUUAAGAUAGCUGAUUUUGGACUGGCCACGUUCUAUGAUCCUGAGCGCAAGCAAGUUAUGACGAAUAGAGUCGUCACGCUAUGGUACCGAGCGCCAGAACUUUUGCUUGGGGCCACUAGCUAUGGAGUUGGCAUUGACCUCUGGAGUGCAGGCUGCAUUUUGGCGGAGUUACUCUAUGGAAAGCCGAUUAUGCCAGGACGGACCGAGGUAGAGCAACUGCAUAAGAUUUUCAAAUUAUGUGGCUCACCAUCUGAAGCAUAUUGGCACAAAUAUAAAUUGCCAAAUGCCAAUAUUUUCAAGCCACCACAGCCUUACACUCGUUGCAUAGCAGAAACAUUCAAGGACUUUCCACCAUCUGCUCUACCUCUCCUUGAGACUCUGCUUUCGAUAGACCCUGAUGAACGGGGCACUGCCACAGCAGCACUAAAUAGCGAAUUCUUUGCUGCUGAACCCCGUGCAUGUGACCCAUCAAGUCUGCCAAAGUAUCCUCCAAGUAAAGAGAUGGAUCUAAGGUUGGUUAAGGACAAGGCGAGAAGAGAUUCAGGCAAGAGACCAGGCGCAAUCCAUGGUUCCAGGAGGGAUGGAGUUCAUGAUCGGGCUGGGAAGGUAAAUCCAGCUCCAGAAGCCACCGCAGAGAAUCAGGCAACUCUACAUAGGCCGAGAGUUAUGAAGAAAGCCAAUCCCAUGACCAGAAGCGAGAAAUUCCCACCUGCCCAUCAGGACGGAGUGGUCGGAUCGUCUGCCAUCACACGGCCAACCGGUCCAGUAUCAAGUGCCGCACCCGAUUCCCAAGUUGGAAAUGCUUCGGAUGGAUCCUCCGCAAGCCAGAGAACGUUAAAGGCGACUCCCAAGUUGUUGCAGAUGGGUAGCUCGUCUUCGCAUUCGUGCCAUCGGAUGCUUGUUCACGGAUCCACUCUCACAAUCAGGAGUAAAUAGUUGGCACUCCGGCUCUCGAUGCUCUCUCUAAAUCGGAAAAGAAGAGCAAUACACAGACUGGACAAUGUUUUUAUUUGCUUAGGAUCCUUUAGAUUUUUUUGCCCCCACACAAAGUUCUGUAUCAAUUUUCACAGUUACAGAUUGUUGUACAAAAAGAAUAAGGCUUUUGCAUUGUCAAUGUCAACCUAUUACUUCUGUCA